AUGUCUGACUCCAUGCGCAAGGGACUCGGCGAGCAGGCCUCCGAGAAGAUCACCCCCGACUCCCAGAAGUCCACCACCCAGAAGGCCAGCGAGGGUCUUUCCGGAGCUGGUGACCGCAUUGCCGGCGCCGUCCAGCCUGAGGGCCAGAAGUCCACCGGACAGAAGCUCGGCGAUGCGACUCGCUCCGGCGGCGACAACGCGUCCAACCAGGGCGAGGGUGUCCUGAAGCAAGCUCAGGACACGCUCAGCAACGCUGGCCAGAGCAUCUCUGACACCCUCUCUGGUGGCCAGAAGAAGUAA